CUGUAUUUUGAUUUAUGCCCCGAACCCCAGUCGCCUGGGAGUCGUUGGUCGGCGAAAAACCCUAACUUGGCCUGGUUAUCGGACGCUCUGUUCAUCAGCUUGGCCUUCGCAUUGAAACACUGAAAACUCCUGGCUAGAAGAUGGCGAACCAGUGCCGCUGCGGUACACAGACCAUCGGUGGGGAGAACAGAACUGUCUUCUGCGAGGGUCCCCUGCUAGACGCUGUCCAGCGGUCGAAUAUGUUUCCCUGCUGCAAGCACUUUGUGGACAUGAGCUGCAUUUUUUCGCCCACCCAAACGAUGGCCGAUUAUGACAUGUUCUGCCAUUGCCGCAAGAACGACGGUUCCGUGAGGUUCCUGCAAAUGUUUGUGGAGAAACACUUUAAUGAGCCUGGUUCGGAGUUGGAACCCUGGACUCCUCCCGAUUGGAAGGCUCAGCCAUCCUUUCUAGUCAAGAUCUCCGACCCCGAAAUAAAGCAAUUCGGAUCUGAUGUCAACACACUUUGGAGGCAAUUGGGGCGUCGCGUUAAAGAUGAAGUCAAGGAGAGUCCCGAUCAGUAUUCUAUACUCUACAUACCAAAUCCUUUCAUAGUGUCCUCUUCGCAUUGCCGGGAGUAUCGAUACUGGGAUUCGUUUUGGAUCGUUCGAGGCUUACUUCAGUGUGGCAUGCAUCAAACUGCCCGAGGCAUGAUCGACAACUUUUUGGCACUAGUUCAGCAAUACGGAUUUGUGCCUGGUUGUGGCCGGAUUUACUGCACGGGACGAUCGAAUCCGCCACUCCUCAUCAUGAUGGUUAAAGCGUAUGUGGAGGUGACCAAGGACGAAAAGUACGCAUUGAAUUCGCUGCCGCUAUUGGAGACCGAGUACGAGACCUUCAUAAGCAAGCAUUCGAUUCAGGUGAGGGGCAGGACCAUGUAUCAGUACAGGGACUUAUCCGCAGGACCAAGACCGGAGGCUUACAGGGAAGAUCUGAGGAGUGUGGCCACCAUCAGGGAUCCCCUUGACCGAGAGGUUCUGUACACUGAACUAAAAUCAGCAGCUGAGUCGGGCAUGGACUUUAGUUCCCGCUGGUUUGUGACCGCCGAUGGCUCCAAUCAGGGAUCCCUUGCGGACACCAAAACCUCGGCCAUUGUGCCCGUAGAACUGAACGCCAUUGUCUUCCGAAGUGGCAAAAUCCUGGCCGAAUUCAAUCGCAAGGCGGGCAACACCAAAAAGGCCGAUGAGUACCAGGAUCGAGCUUGUGGCCUGGUCAAAGCCAUUCGGGAUAAUCUGUGGAACGAUAGGGCAGGCAUUUGGUUGGACUACGAUGUGGCCAACAACCGGCCGCGCAACUACUUUUGCUGCACGAACUUCGCCCCCUUGUGGGCCAGGGCCUAUCCCCUGGUCGACAGCGACAAGGUUUCCAAGGGGGUGAUGCAGUACAUCCGCACCAAUAAUCUGGAUGAACAGUACGGGGGUGUGCCGCACACCUUGAAUAAGGAGGCGGGUCAGAAGUGGGAUUAUCCAAAUGUCUUUCCGCCCAUGAUGUUCCUGGUCAUCGAAGGACUGGACAAUCUGGGCACUCCGGCUUCCAAGGCCAUGUCCAAAAGAUGGGCUCAUCGCUGGGUCAAGUCCAAUUAUGCGGCCUACAAGUACGAGAACUUCAUGUUUGAGAAGUAUUACUGCGAGGAAUUCGGCUCUUCCGGAGGAGCAAGCCCGGAAAACACUCCAGUGGGCUACGGCUGGUCCAACGGCGUGGUCAUCGAGUUUCUCUGCAAGUACGGAAAGGAAAUAAACCUGGCCGACGACCUCGACGAGGGCUGUAAGUGCAAGUCGCGCAAGUCACCAGGGGCGAGAAAGGGGAAGCACUCGUACAUCAUUACCAGUGAGGCGUACAUGGAGGACCAGCUAUCCAAGAAGUCCUGCGUUUGUGCUGCUCCUUCAACAGCAACAGGAGCAUCAGGAGCAACAGCAGCGACGGCAAACAAAUCCACAUCUACAAUGAGCGGACCAGCUCAACUGGAUGACAGUUGCUCUUGUGGCAUUGCCCAAGCUGCCAAGCAGCAAAAUCAGCAGCAACAAGGACAAGCAGGGCAGGAUGGCAAGUGUUCCUGUGGGCCACAGCAAAAGACUCACCAGCAAUCGCAAGCUCAAAUGCAGCGAUCUCAGCGGCAGCUGCAACAGGGAAAUCAGGGAGCAGGAGCAGAUUGCGCUUGUGGAGCAGGAGCACGUCUGCAACAACAGAAGUCCCAGCAGCAAUCACAAGCAGUGGGUGCUCCAAAUGCAGCCAGUUGCGGAAUAUGCGGUGCACAGAAACAGCAGCAAUCGCAAGCCCAAACGCAGCGAUCUCGGCAGCAGAUGCAACCAGGACAACCUCAAGAAGAUUGCUCUUGUGGAGCAGGAGUGCAAUCUGCGCGAUACCAGCAGCAACUACGAUCCCAGCACAAUCCGGAUUGUCCCUGCUCUGGCCAGCAGCAAACAAUACCAAAGGGGCAAGCCCAGGGACCAGGAACCAUUGUCUUCCAGGGACAACAUCCACCGGAAGAUGCGGACUGCGAGUGCUCCGUUGAUGAGCGGCAGCAGCAACAGAUGCAACAGCAGCAGCAGCAACAGGAUUGCAUGCAGCAGCAAAAGCAGCUGCAACAGGAGCAUCAAAGUCAGCAGCAGCAGCUGCAAAGCGACCAUCAGAAGGAGGAUUGCUCAUCGAAACCAAUGCCCCAGGAUUGCUCCCAGCAUCUAAAGAGUCAGGGGCAGGAACAGCAGCAAUCUGAAGGCGCCUGCGGUUGCAUGGACGACGAGGAUCAGGAGCUGCAGAGGCAACACGACCAGCUCACUGGCCACUACUUUCCAGUGGUCGAUAAGCAAGCGGAUGAAUGCUCAGUAGAUGCCCAGGAAGACUCGUCACCGCAAAAGACGGAAUGCGAUGGUUGCGGCAGGGAGGAUUGCCCGGAAGCUCCGGAAGAAGAUUGUGGCUGCAGUGGGCAGGAUAACCAGGAACGGGCACCCGUUGCGGAAUGUGCUCAGCCAAAGACCCAGCAAUAUGGAGCUGCCGAUGAUUGCAGUUGCUCCUUGGGUCAAGGUCAAGGUCAAGCACCACCGCCCACCUUCAUAUGUCCGCAUUGUGGUGGCAUAACCAGUGAGGCGCAGUUCAAUCACGUGUCCAGCCAGUCGGUUGGCACCAAUCGACCCUCGUUGCCGCUGGAUGAUGACUGCGACUGUACCAAGGGAGCAGCGGGUCAGCAGCUUCGCGGACUGGCCAGCAUGGGUCUGCAGAGUGGUCACAGCAAGGUGGUGGCAGGUGGUUCAAGUGGUGCCCAGAAACCAGAGUGUGGUCCCUGCAAGGCUCUCAUGGCAUCAGACUAUCCGCCGGGCCAUGGACCCAGGCCCUUCUACAACAAACAAUUCCCACUGGCCGAUCCUGUGAGUAAGAUCCAAGAUUGUCCCACGGUCAAUGAGGAGAAAAACAAGAAGAGAAAGUGCUGCAACUGCGAUGAAAAGGAGGAAUAGGUCUACUUCACCUAGAGAUCAACUACAAUUAAAUCAAAUCAAGCGAAGGCCCAACCAAAGAACUGAAAGCAAAUUUUUAGGUGUGAUAAGUUCUUAGAACUCUUUUAAAAUUCAAAAGCUUUAAGACCUUGACAUUUGGCCACCAACUACAUAUUUAAUUAUUGUAUUCUAUUCAAUAAGUCAUUUUGAAAAAUAAAGUUACUUUGUUGAAGUAAGAGUACACAG